UAGCGCUACUCAUUUGUAGUUUCAACCCAUCUCUCAAAUUAAUCCAAAAAUUCGCAUCAAAUUAAUUUUCUCACAUUCCACCUAUAUCGUAGCACACAACUUCUUUUUAUAAAAUCUUGAAAAUAUUUCGUUGAAAACAAUGCCUUUAAUAUCUCCAUUGUUGGUUAUUCUUCAAAGGGUCAUUACAUAAUCCUGAGACAAGAAAAGGGUGAAUUGGUUACUGCUAAAAUGCUUCAAUUGCAUUGCCCCCGCUCAUCAGCUCCAACACUAAGUCCAAGAUUCAAUCAGAUUUCUCGUUUUAAGAGAAAGUCAUUGGCUUGUCCCUGUCGGAGAAACCGUGCUUCUGCCUUUUGCAUGAAUGACUGGUUGGCCAAAAGUAAAGGAAAGGUGCCGAGCAUUCAAAAGAUGACAUGCAGACAGCUAAAUUCCUCAGGAAACAUGAAUAUCGGGGAAAAUCUGAAUCCUCAGCAGUUGAAGAUGUAUUUGAAGAAUAAUUCUGAGGACUUCCCAGCUAAAUUUGUAAUAGCUUCGUUGGCAUCUUAUUUCCUGAUUAAGUUGAAGCAUCUACAUCUAAUUGGUACGAAGAUAGGGAUGAUCCGAGAGUUAUUCUUCUUUGUAACUCAAACAUCAGGCGCUCAAAGUUUAUCUUUUGCUUGUCUUUCUAACUCCUUGAAUAAACCAACACCACUUCAGUUGGAUGUGUCCUUUCCUUCACUGAAAGACAUCAAAUGGAGUUUAGCACGGUUAAUAUAUUUGUUCAACAUACAACUAGAGAAAAAUGUUGCCACGUUUUUUAUUGUGCUUUUAGUAUCAUGCUUCUCAUUUGUGAUGAUUGGUGGUGUUCUGUUCUUUAAAUUCAGAAAAAGCAGGGGUAGUGCUUACUCUUUGGAGGACUGCUUAUGGGAGGCGUGGGCAUGCCUCUGUUCAUCAUCUACUCACCUGAAACAAAGAACAAGAGUUGAACGUGUAAUAGGAUUCAUCCUUGCUAUAUGGGGCAUUCUAUUUUAUUCUCGUCUAUUGAGCACCAUGACUGAACAAUUUCGGAAUAAUAUGCAAAGACUCAGAGAAGGGGCACAAAUGCAAGUUUUGGAGACUGAUCAUAUUAUAAUUUGUGGAGUUAACAGUCAUCUCAACUUUAUACUAAAACAGCUAAAUAAGUACCAUGAAUUUGCUGUUCGCUUAGGUACUGCCACUGCUAGGCGGCAGAGAAUUCUUCUGCUAUCUGAUCUUCCAAGAAAGCAAAUGGACAAAAUGGCCGACAACAUCACCAAAGAUCUCAAUCAUAUUGAUGUCCUUACAAAGAGUUGCAGUUUAAGUAUGACAAAAUCAUUUGAGAGAGCUGCAGCCAAUAAGGCACGCGCAAUUGUUAUACUUCCAACAAAGGGAAAUAGGUAUGAGGUCGACACAGAUGCAUUUCUCUCAGUGCUUGCCCUUCAGCCCCUUCCAGAAAUGAUCUCUGUGCCUACCAUAGUUGAGGUUUCAAGCUACAACACAUGUGAACUCUUGAAGUCAAUUUCAGGAUUAAGAGUGGAACCUGUUCAAAAUGUCACAUCAAAAUUGUUUGUUCAAUGCUCUCGCCAAAAGGGACUCAUUAAGAUAUACAAACAUUUGCUUAAUUAUCGAAAGAACGUAUUCAAUCUUUGCAGUUUCCCUCACCUUGUGGGAUUAAAAUAUAAGCAAUUAAGACGUGGCUUCCAAGAGGCUGUUGUUUGCGGUCUCUAUCGACAAGGGAAGAUAAAUUUCCACCCAAGGGAUGACGAAGUUUUGGAAGAAACUGAUGAAGUUUUGUUUAUUGGACCCAUUCAUGGGAAAAAAAGGCCGCAGCUAGUAUACUUAAAUAUUUCUGGCGAAAGUGACAACGCCCUAAAUGAUUCUCACACUGUGGAAAAGAAUGGACAAUUCCGGGGUAAUGCUUUGGAGAUAACAAAAGCACGCCUUGAGAAUAUAGUGAAACGGACAAAAUCAGGGUCUAAGGCAUCUGAUUCGUGUCUGGGACCUAAAGAAUGCAUACUAAUGCUGGGAUGGCGUCCUGAUAUUGUGGAAAUGAUUGAAGAAUAUGAUAAUUACCUGGGACCUGGAAGCACACUGGAGGUGUUAUCAGAUGUCCCUAUGGAUGACAGACAUAAAGCUAGCAGACUUGCUGGUCAAGGAAAGCUAAAAAAUGUCCGAGUCUCCCACAGGAUUGGAAACCCAAUGGACUAUGACAUGCUGACAGAUACCAUUGCAAACAUUCAAAAAUCAUUUAAACAAGGCGAAGAAUUUCCAUUCUCCAUUGUCGUGAUAUCUGAUAGAGAAUGGUUACUAGGAGGUAAGAGAAAUGGUAUUUUCUUAUUUCUGGUAUUACUGAUUGGUUCAUCAAUUUUCUGCUGUGCGGAAUCAAUGAUCAAAUUGCAGGUGCAAAAUCUUGUUGCAGAAAUUGUCGAUUCCAAAUUGGGUAAACAGAUUACAAGAAUCAAGCCUUCCCUCACUUACAUUGCCGCAGAGGAAGUAAUGAGUCUUGUCACUGCUCAAGUUGCAGAAAAUAUUCAAUUGAAUGAGGUUUGGAAAGAGAUUUUGAACGCCGAUGGAGAUGAAAUAUAUGUUAAGGACAUUCGCCUUUACAUGAAGGAAGAUGAGAAACCUUCAUUUGCUGAACUUUCUGAAAGAGCACAUUUGCGAAGAGAAGUUGCUAUCGGAUAUGUGAAGCACAACAAGAAGGUUAUCAACCCAAUCCCGAAAUCAGAACCCCUUUCUCUUGAACCGGGUGAUUUGCUGAUAGUGAUAUCAGAACUUGAAGGAGAACAACCCGUGAUCACAGUUAAUUAACAAACAAACAACAACAACGCCUCAAUCCCAAACAACUCAAGGAAAAUAAUUGAGCUUGCACCUUACUCAUUACACCAACUACGAUGAAUGCCAGGUCGUUGUAUAGGUUUUCUAUUGGAUCGUCAGUUCUUGGCUUCUUAUCGGUUGCUGAAAAAGAAUGAAGAAAAGAAACAAGGAGCAAGCAUGAUUCAAAGUGUUCGCGAAUGUUGCAGAUAAUAGGAAGUGCAAGUUACAGGAAAUGUAUAGGAAAUAUGAACAUCAAAGUUAGAAAAGUUUGCAAAGAAAAAAUCAAAGUUGGAUAGAACUAAAGGUUUCUUUCUUUUUUUUUUACUGUUUUUUCUUCCACAGUUGGUUAAGAGGGAAAAUCUCCAUUUGGGAAAAGAGUCCCACAUUUUAUAGAAGAACCAUCAACUCAAAGGAGAGGUUUUAGAAACACUUAAAGCCAAAUGUGAUUUCAUUUUUUAAAGGGGUGAUGGUGCUGAGAUCACUUCAUUUUACAAGUUUUUGAUCAAGAGAAAUGAUGCUAUACUGUACAAAGGAUGAUUCUUGAUAACUUGUACUCUGUGUGAGAAUGAUUUCCCACAAUGUAUAAUAAAAUCCUUUUUUGGUUCCAUAGUAA